AUGAAAAAUACUAUAAAAGUAAUAUGAAUGAAAAGUACUAAAUAUUUUAACCAUUUCUUUAACAGUAUUGUAAUUUGCAACUAUUUAAUACUUUUUAAAUAUUUGGAUACUUACUUUAACCUGAUUAAAUUAUUAAAAAUUGAAUUAGUUAACCUUAUACAUACUUACCAUAAUAAGCAAUAAUAUUUGCAGCAGUUUUUGUGUAAGCAUCAUAUAAUUCUUCAAUUACUUGUUGAGAUUGUGUCAUUUUUAAUGAUACUUUUCAGAUAUUAUUUAAAUUUUACAUCUUAUGUUUCAACGAAUUUUUGUAAUAUAUUAUACAUACAUAUCUCCAUAAUGUAUAGACUAUUUAUCUAGAUAAAAAUCAUAUGAUAAAUGACAUCUUUUUAAAAUUAGACUUUAUAAACUAUAAGUUUUGUUUACAAUUUAAACUAUUACCAUAAUUUAAGGCAAGAUAAACCUUUCAUUUCAAAUGUAGAUGAAUUAUAAGUUUACAAUUACUUUCUAGUCCCAGCAGUCUCCAAUAGACGACAGCACACAUUUUAUUAGUAGACAAGGAGCGCAAUAGUAAGUGAUAAAGACAGACUCGUAUUGUGUGAUAGACAAAAAGAAGGUAUUAAUGCGCGACAAGGAUAGCAAUAGAUUUUAGUUCCAUCAUUCUACCGCUAUGUAGCGCUAGCAUUUCAUUAUUUAUAAAUUUAAUUUUUAUUUGUAAAAAGGAUUAAUUAGUUGGAUUAACUUAUGAACUUUUGCAAUUGAAUCUUCGAAAUUAGACCUUCAGUUUUUUUUCUACUCAUUUGAAAUGCAUAUAUAAAGAUUUGCAAAUUUUGUUCAAUAGAUCGAAGCACCCGCUCGAAUUCAAAGGAUUGUAUGUCAAAGUGUAUCCUAUACCAGGUUUGUGGUACAUUUCUUUUGAAUUUCAAAGUGAACUUUCUACAUUUUGCCUUGAUCUACUUUCAAACAAGUGAUCAAUUGUUUUCUUACAUAGUUUUCCGAACAUAUGUAUGUUUAAUAGCAAAGUACCAUAUUGUUUGUAAAUUACGAUCUUCAUACAUACUUAAAAAAUGAAAAUCAUAAGUUCUUUGUAUUUAUUUAUAGUAAGUUUUCUGUUUAAUAUAAUGUCUUUUCUCUAGUAUGGAUUACAAGUGUAUAAAAAUUUCAGCUCAGUUAAAGAAUUUAUUAAUAUCAUGCAGUAAUUUUAUUUAUAUAAUUCUAAUAUUGCGCGUUCAUGUAACUAAUUAAGAUAUUAUUUGAUAUAGUAAAGAAUUAUUAGUAUAUUAUUACUAUAUAUAUGUAUGUAUAUUAACAAAUGUAUUAUCAAAAGCACAUAAUAAAAUCACUAGAAAAAGCUAGGAAUUUUAUUUUUUAAUAAACAACUUGUUGCACAAGUUUGUUGUUUUGAUAAAAGUGUAGUCAUUGUAACUACUUUGCAGUUGCAAGCAGUUAAUUCUAUCCUGUGAAAUUGGUAAUGUAAGCUAUUAUACGUUAGUGUAAGUCUUUGAUAAGAAUUUAAUUCAAUUAGAUUUAUAUUAAUACAAUGAUGGAAUUACAAUGUGUUUAUAUUUAGAUUAAUAAUACUUUAUUAUUUGCUAUUUAACGUUGACCUUUAAAAAUAAGACAUUUUUAAUAUGCAAUGUGACAAACAUUACAAGUAUCUUAACCAAGUAUAUUAACUUCUUAAAUUUAUAAAAAUAAUUUAUUGUAACUAGUAACUAAUUAUUUUUUAUUACACGUGACUAACAAAAUAUGGAAUAUUAAAAAUUAAAUGUAAAAUAAUCGAAUAUUUUGUCCGCUGUUUUAUGUUUAUUGUAAAUGUAGUGUUAAUUUUUAUAUGUAAGAUGUAAAAAAAAAAGAAAAAAUGAGAAUUAUUAGAGCAAACAACAAAUUUAUCAGAGGUUAUAACAAUGUUUUGUCGUUUAAUGUUUGUAACUAUUUCUAGAUGUUCUUUAAAAUUCCUUUAUCUACAACCAUCAAAGCAUCACUUUCUUUGUCCUCAUUAAGAAAUAUUCAAAGUUAUUCUGUUGUCAUGUCUAAAUUUGACCUUCCUGAUCGCUUAAAAGGCAAUGAUAAAUCACUGGGUUUAAAAUAUAAACCAUUAAAUUUAGGGCAAGGAUUUCCAGAUUUCUAUGCUCCAGAAAAUGUAACGAAAGCUUUAGCUGAAGCAACAACAAGUGAUAAUCAUCUUUUGAAUCAAUAUACUAGAGGAUUUGGUCAUCCACGUUUAGUAAAUGUUAUUGCAAAAUUAUAUUCGAAACUUUUGGACCGUACUUUAGAUCCAAAUAAUGAAGUUCUUGUAACUUGUGGUGCUUAUGAAGCAUUAUAUGAUGCAUUACAAGGUCACACUAAUCCUGGUGAUGAAUGGAUAAUUAUUGAACCAUUUUUUGAUUGUUAUGUGCCUAUAAUUAGAAUUGCUGGAGGAAUUCCAAGAUAUAUUCCUUUAAAACCGAAAAACACAAAUGGACCUUUUUCUUCUGCAGACUGGAUAUUUGACAAACAAGAAUUAGAAAGCCUUUUCAAUGAAAAGACAAAAGGAAUAAUUAUUAACACUCCACAUAAUCCUCUGGGAAAAGUUUUUACUUUAAACGAGUUGGAGUUUAUUGCAAAUUUAGCUAAGAAAUGGAAUAUUCUUGUUAUAUCGGAUGAAGUGUAUGAAUGGCUUGUUUAUGAGCCAUAUAAACAUAUUAGAAUUGCAACAUUACCUGGCAUGUAUGAACGUACAAUUACAAUUGGAUCUGCUGGUAAAACAUUCAGUGUUACUGGGUGGAAAAUAGGAUGGGCCUAUGGUCCAGCAAAUUUACUAUAUAAUUUGCAAGUUGUUCAUCAAAAUUGUGUAUAUACAUGUAACACUCCAGUUCAAGAGGCUGUAGCUAUUGGAUUCGAACAAGAAUUAGAAAGAUUCGGUCAACCUGACUGUUACUUUGUGAGUUUAGCCAAGGAAUUGCUGCCGAAACGAGAUUAUAUGGCAAAAUUUCUUAAUGAUGUAGGGAUGAUUCCAACAAUUCCCGAAGCUGGAUACUUUAUGAUAGCUAAUUGGACUGCUUUAAAGGAUAAGGUUCGACUAGAAGAAGAAACAGAUGAGAAUAAAGAUUAUCGUUUUACAAAAUGGAUGACGAAAAAUGUUGGAAUUCAAGGAAUUCCACCAUCCGCGUUCUAUAGUCCCGAACAUAAGCACCUGGCUGAAGAUAACGUGCGAUAUUGCUUCAUAAAGAAAGAUGAAAAUUUGAAGAAGGCAGCUGAUAUUUUAAUAAAAUGGAAAUCUCAGCAAUAGUAAGAAUUUCCAUUAUUCCAAAUAAUUAUCGAGUUACUUGAAUAUCGUAAGACUACUUUUGAGAUUUUAUUUAAAUAUUCUAGUAUGAAAUACAAUAAACAAUUUUUCACACGUAUAUUAUGUACAAUUUCUGUAAACAUAUUGUUAGUUUUGUUGUAUUAAAAUUUUAUUAUUCAUGAGA